GCUUGAUAAUACAAAAAUAAUUCUAUUUAAUCUUUUCGCGCUGUAGCCUAAUCAUUCCGUUUUGAUAUAAAUACCAUCAGCUAGUUUCAUUUGGUACACUUGUUCACAAGUAGCAACAAAAUGCGUGUCCUCGCUUGCUUGGCCCUUCUCUUAGCUGUGGUAGCAGCCGUCCCCUCCAAUCCCCAGAGGAUUGUGGGUGGUUCGGUCACCACCAUUGACCGGUACCCCACCAUUGCAUCUCUGCUGUACUCGUGGAACUUGAGCUCCUACUGGCAGGCGUGCGGUGGUUCCAUCUUGAACAACCGUGCCAUCCUUACUGCUGCCCACUGCACAGUUGGUGACGCCGCUAACAGAUGGAGAAUCCGUCUCGGUUCCACCUGGGCCAACAGCGGUGGUGUCGUUCACAACGUCAACACUAACAUCGUCCACCCUUCAUACAACUCCGCAACUUUGAACAACGACAUCGCUAUCCUCCGUUCCGCCACCACUUUCUCCUUCAACAACAAUGUUCAGGCUGCCUCCAUUGCUGGUGCCAACUACUUGCCCGGUGACAACACCGCCGCCUGGGCCGCUGGAUGGGGAACUACCUCUGCUGGUGGCUCUAGCUCUGAGCAGCUCCGUCACGUUGAGCUGCGCAUCAUCAACCAGGCUACUUGCAGAAACAACUACGCUACCCGCGGUAUCACCAUCACCGACAACAUGUUGUGCUCCGGCUGGCCCACCGGCGGUCGCGACCAGUGCCAGGGUGACUCUGGUGGUCCCCUCUACCACAACGGCAUCGUUGUUGGUGUCUGCUCUUUCGGUAUUGGCUGUGCUCAGGCUGCCUUCCCCGGUGUCAACGCUCGUGUAUCCCGCUACACCGCCUGGAUCUCUUCCAACGCAUAAGAUAUGAAUAGUUGUUAAGAAUAUUGUUAUCGUAAUAAAUUGUAACUUUCACCAA